AUGAAUGCCUACCUGCUCGAGAAGCGCCUUGCCGCGAAAUGGUUCCAUGCCAGAGGCAACCCCUUCGUCUACAGGAAGUCCCGUCAUGUAAAACACUUCAGUCAGGCGCAAAUCCCUAAGAGGGUGGGGUUCAUGAAACCCGCAUUCAAACUGAAUAGAAAGGCGCAGAAGUAUAUAGUCAAUGUGCAAUGGCUAAAAAGUGGAAACACAAAAGAGUUACAGAAGCUAUGUAAUGACAUAAAAAAAGAUGCCAACUCCUUUAAUAGCUACGAAAUUAUUGACCUCGUAUACUACCUAAGUAAGCAUUCCAACAGAAAUGUAUACCUAACCAUUGAGCCCUUGUUAUUUCAUUUUUUCCGCAAAUACAAUGCGUCAGUUAAUUUAAACGGGGUGUCUAUACAUAGGCUCUUAAGGGUACUAACAGAAUAUCAAGAUUUAGUUUACAGAGAAUGGAUUUACUCCAUAGCAAAGAUUAUUUCAAAAAAACAUGCCCACAUAUCAAUGAGGGAUAUUCAACUUAUACUAGACGACUUGGCUCUCUUUUACGAUUUUCAAAUACAUUGCCAAAUUACACCUUUUUACAACACAGUUAUAAAUAGGAUUCACGAAUUGGAAAUAAAAAGGCUUCCAUUUUUGAUACAUGUUAUCGGAAGAAUUGGAUGUAAUAACCCUAAUCUGUUAAACAUACUAGUAGCCACUUUAAAGAAAAAUAUAUCCAAAAAUGAUUUGUACCGAUCCGAUUUCUCAGGACUUUUACUAAGAGGUUUAGCAAACCUCAAAGUACUACCAGAUAGGAACAUCCUCCAUCAGUUGUACAAACCGGUGAAAGAAAAUUUAUACUAUACAAAUAUCAAGUACCUAUCUUGGUGUGCUGAUGGGUUCUCUAGACUAAACUAUUUCUCCCCCUUACCUAUGCUACUAAAUCAGAUACUACAAUUGAAGGAUAAAAUUACGCAUCUAGAGCUUAAUGACUUCUCCUCCAUACUUAACUGCAUCCAAGCCUACAUACUAAUAAAACAGUACAAUGGUUUAGGUGAAAAGGGGAAUGUGCCACACUGGAGAAGAAACCCCACCUCGGAUAAUAUUCCAAAGGUGCAAAGUGAUCAUCCGAAUGAUGGGAGAAACUUAAUUCAACACCCACGUUGGAACAUACCAUCAGAUGGAAGUUACAAGAAAUUGAUGCUACAUGAAGGAAACUCUGAUCAUAGGGAAAUCCCAAUUCAAGAUUCACAUAGCGAACAAAGCAGAAGUCAAAUUAUCGCUCGUGAAAAUGGAGAAUAUGAAGAGCAAGCAUCUCACACGAGAGAAGACCACACAGAGGGAAGAGAAACGAUUCACCCAAAUAAGACCCUCCAGAAUGAUGUAAAAAAUGGAGGGAAAAAAUACCAUUCCAUUCAAAGGAACCAAACAGAUAGGAUAAAUCGCCCAUGUGGAGAUUAUGUCGCGCAGGAAAAAUGCACGAAAAAUAGAGUUAAAUUAAAUGUAGAGUUGGAAAAAGACGCCACAGAAUAUGCCCCACAUGCUUCGUCCAAUGUAAUGAAUAAAACUGAUGAUACUCCCGGAAGGGGCAAUUAUAUUCUGCCCACUUCUAAUGACAAAGCUUUUCGCGAAAUAAACUCUAUUCUUCAGGUGAAUGCUAACACAAUACCUUUAGAAGAAUUAUACGACAUUUAUUUAAAAUUGGAAAAAAUAAUUCUAGAAAAAAUUACGGAAAGCAUUUAUAGCACCACCCCACCAUACCGAGUAAUCAUGUUCGAAUUGCUAACUAGACUCUUCAGAUUCUAUAAAAAACCGAUUGACUUAAUCAUCCAUAUGAAUACACACAGAUAUGACACUUCCUUACUCCUCAAACAUACCAAUAGUCUUCCUUUUAUUAUAUCCAAUGAAAGGGGGAGAAAAAUUAGCAAUUCGCAAUUAUCCUUUCUCGUGGAAGAGUAUGAUUUUUCGAAUGACUUUUUUUUUAAGGAUUGCCCAAAUGAUCAAUCGGGGGCAAAGAAAAGCACGCCCGAUGGUGAACAUACGCAAAUUGAGGGAGAAAAACAUCGAUUGCGUGCCCCCCCAUCUGCGGAAAUGAAAAAUGACGGAAAGGAAAGACAGAAAAAUGAACAACCCCAUGGCAACGAAACAAAUACGUAUCAUCACGACGUUGAGAGAAACCUGCACCUAAGCGAGGAUAACCAGAUAAAUGUGAACACACCAUUGCCCAAAAUUUUUAAAACCUUUUUGCACUCCAUAUAUUUCAGAACCCCCGCUUUAGGUGGCAGAACGAUCAUGCUCCUACUAAUAGCAUUGGUAAGAUUAAAUUUCGGCGAACGGGAAAAAUUCGAAUACCGAACCAAAACGGAUUCUAACAUUUUACCGUUUUCUAAAACUAGCGAGAUAUAUAGACCCUUCACAAAAUGUAUCAUUCGAGAAAUAAUUAGAAAACUGGAAUCGUUCAAUUCUGAGGAAUUGAUAAUUUGCGCAAUGUGCCUAAACGAACUGGACGCCUUAAAUUUGGAUGAUGAAUUAUUUUCAUUAUUAAUUGAACGACUUUUCAAUUUAAACAAAAGUAACUACAUGAGCCACGAUCAGCUGUUACAGUUAAACAACCUCUUCCAUUUCUGGUACACACGAAGACGAAACCUAAUUGCCCAAAAUUUGCGAUUCUCCUCGGCAAAACAGUUUAAGAGUUUCCUUGCGUAG